GUUAACGUUUGUUUAUUUCUGAGAUUUCAGUUUAGAAAUACAUAAAUUAGCAUGAAAAUACACUAAAACAAAUUAAUUUAGAUUUAAAAGUAGCAAACGUUUUAGUGUAAAUGAUCACAAUUUCAGUAUUCCAAAAAAUUGAAGCAAAACGUAUCCAUGGGCGUUAACUUCAGACUACUAAAUUAAGACUGAAACAUGAAUCUCAUAGUUAUCUUUUUAAGUUCAGCUUCGAUAUUUAAAUUAAGUGCUUCUCAAGAUUAUUCUGUGCCUACUUACUAUCCUGACACUAGUCAACCUAAUCCAACAAAUGAUUAUAAAGGUCAGACUGACCCCAGAUAUGACAAUCCAUAUGAUCCAAAUCAAAGAUCUUAUCAGAAUAGAAAUCAAUAUCCCAACAUAAAUCAGAACCAAUAUGAUCCCAAUCAGAGAUAUGAUAAUAAGAUUGAGCCAUACAAUCAGAAUCCAUAUAAUUCUGAUAACACACCAAGACCACAGUGGGAUACUGGGAGGACAUACAGCACAUCAUAUAAGACUGCCCCAUUGGAGCAUGAUAGUGUCAUUAUCAAUGAAGCGACAUAUUUCAUAGUUGCAUCGCGAAUGGUCCGGCCAGGGCAGAUCUACAAGAUCUCUGCCAACAUCCUCCAAGCUCGAUUACAGAUGACAGUCAGGGCAUCUAUAUCGAGGGAUGGUGUAGAAAUUGCUGAUGUUAUACAAAGAGUGAAAGAGGGUGUACCUGAAAUUCUAAAUAUGAGGGUACCACCAACAUCUGUACCUGGUGAUUACAAAUUGAGAGUGGAAGGGUUGUACUUGGACAAUCCAUUUGGUGGUCGAGCAUUUGUGAACGAAUCUCAGCUAGCCUUCUCCAAACGAUUUAUGACAAUAUUCAUCCAAAUGGAUAAACCUGUCUACAUGCAAAAUCAAAUAGUUCGUUUCCGUGUCAUUCCUAUAAAUACGGAGCUCAAAGCUUUUGGACGAGCCAUUGACGUCUUCAUAUUGGAUCCAAAUCGGCGCAUUUUGAAAAGAUGGCUCUCUAGACAGAGUAAUUUUGGCACGGUGAGUCUGCACUAUCAGUUGUCCGACCAGCCCCUGUUCGGCGAGUGGACCAUAAGGGUGGAGGCGCUCGGUCAAGUGGAGGAGACCCAGUUCCUCGUCGAGGAAUAUUACCAGACUAGGUUUGAGGUGAACGUAACGAUGCCGGCGUUCUUCUUCAAUACCGAUCAAUACAUCCACGGGAAGAUCAUGGCGAAUUACACGUCCGGUGCUCCAGUGCGCGGGAACUUAACCCUGAAGGCGACCAUCAGGCCGAUACCGCAGUACCGGCCGCGCUACUACGCCCAGGGACAGUUCAACAACAGGGGACAGUACGGGACCCCGCCGGGACUCGACACUAGUCAGUACACGAGAGUGCGUCCGAACUACAACCCGUACUUGUACAACGAGAGCGGGUACCAGCCCUACGGAUACGGCGAGCCGGUGGACGAGUACGGACGCGUGGAGGCGCGCCGCCCCCUGCCCGGGCAGCCCAACCAGCUCGACCAGCCCGACUGGUGGUACGACGUGCAGCAAGUGCGCACCAGGAUGUUCAACUUCGAUGAGAAGUACCCGUUCUGGAUGCCGAAGCCGGACGCGCUGCAGUACCAGAACAACCCCAACUACAACCAGUACACCACGCCCGCCGCUGGGUACAACUCGUACUACAACGCGCCAUACGACCAGUUGCCGUAUUUAAGAUUUUUCAACGGCACAUACGACUUCAAAUACCCUAUAUCGGAGUUGGCCCAACUGGUACCCAAUCUGGACGGCGUGGAAGUGAUCAUCACCGCUGCAGUCGGUGAUCCGUUCCUUGAUGAGGUGAUAGAGGGGUACAGCAUCGCGAGGAUAUUCAACUCCUCGCUCAAAGUCACUAUUCUAGGGGGAUCCCCACAAGUGUUCAAACCCUCGAUGCCGUUUGAUGUUUACAUGGUGGUGUCGUACCACGACGGGUCCCCGCUGCCGGAGCGGCGCGCGGGCGGCGUGGCGCUGUCCGUGCAGCUGCAGCUGGAGGGGCGCGGGGGGGGCGUGGAGUCGCAGCGCCCCACGCUCGUGCCCGGCCACCAGGCCGUCUGGCAUCUCCGGCUGGAUCUGUACAAGCUGCUCAAUUUGGAGCGCGACCCGAACUACCGCGAGGUGCUGGGCGGCAUAACGGGCGCGCGGCUGCACGUGGAGCUGUCGGACGGCGGCGGGCAGCGCGCGGCGGCCGACGCGCACCUCGUGGCCCACCACAGCCACCGCAACCAGCAUCUGCGCAUCUCCACUAGCACUACGGACGCCAAGGUGGGCGAGUACGUGAUAUUCCACGUGGAGAGCAACUUCUACAUGGAGACGUUCAACUAUGUUGUUAUGUCCAAGGGUAUAAUUUUAACAACGGCUCAAGAGAACAUGCAGGAGGGCGUGCGCACGUUCGCGGUGACCGUGUCCGCGGAGAUGGCGCCCGUCGCCACCGUGCUCGUGUGGACCAACCACCGCCGCACGCAGGUCAUUGCCGACUCGCUCACCUUCCCGGUCAACGGCAUCUCCAGGAACAAUUUCACCGUGUACGUGAACAAUCGCAAGCACAGAACGGGCGAGCGCGUGGAGGUGGCCGUGUACGGGGAGCCCGGUGCUUACGUGGGGCUGUCCGCUAUAGACGACGCCUUCUACACCAUGCAGGCUGGGAACGAACUCACAUACGCCAAGGUGAUAUCCAAGAUGUCACGUUUCGACGAGUCCACUAAUGGUACAUUCGCGUACACGUGGCGGUCACACUUCGGCGACGCCGACGAUCUCGUAUACUUCCCCUCCUCUACCUUCGGCAUCGAUGCCAAUCGGACCUUCGAAUACGCUGGGCUGCUAGUGUUCAGCGAUGUGCUGGUGCCUCGUCGUCCGUCCAUCUGUAACGAGACCGCCGGGUACCUGGAGUGCCUGGAGAGCGGCUGCUUCCAUUACACCUCGCGCUGCGACGGAAAACCUGACUGCUCGGACCGGACUGACGAGGCUAACUGUGAGCACGACGAUUGGAUGGAGUUGAGCCACUUCCGCAAGUUCCGUUUCAACCGCGUGCAGCGUCAGUACGAGAACGUAUGGCUGUGGAAAGACAUCAACAUCGGACCGCACGGACGAUACGUGUUCACCGUAGACGUGCCGCAGGUGCCAGCUCACUGGACCGUGUCCGCGUUCAGUAUGUCGCCCUCCCUCGGGCUGGGCAUGCUGAAUACGCCGAUACGUUAUUCGGGCGUGCUGCCGUUCUUCAUGAAGGUGGAGGGCCCGGCCCGGUGCCGGCAGGGGGAGCAGGUGGGGCUGCGCGCGGUCGUGUUCAACUACCAGCCGCAGGACAUCGAGGCGGUCGUCGUGCUCGCCGCCUCCAACGACUACAAGUUCAUACACGUCGAGGAGAACGGAUUCGUUCGUUCAUACAAUCCUCGCACAUCGUUCGGUGAGCACCAGUUCUUCGUGUGGAUACCGGCGGGCCAGGCUAGUAUAGUGCACGUGCCCGUCGUCAGCACUAGACUGGGCACGCUGCACGUGCACCUGCACGCUGCCACGCUCAUGGGGCAACACCGCUGCGUUCACACCAUGAAAGUAGAGGCGGACGGGUUGCCGCAGUACCGUCACCAGUCCGUGUUGCUGGAUCUGUCGAACCGCGCGUACGUGUUCCAAUACAUGCACGUGAACGUGACCGAGACGCCGGUCAUACCGUACGAGGUGGACCGCUACUACGUGUUCGGGUCGAACCACGCGCGCGUCUCCAUUGUAGGUGACGUGGUCGGACCCCUGUUCCCGACUAUGCCUGUCAACGCCACCAGCCUGUUGGAUCUGCCGAUGGACUCGGCGGAACAGAACAUGUUCAGCUUCGCUGUGAACAUGUACAUGACAUUCUACAUGCGUUUGAUAAAUCAACGCAACCGCACGCUGGAGCGUGACUCGUUCUAUCACAUGAACGUGCUGUACCAGCGGCAGCUGUCAUUCAUGAAGCAUGACGGAUCAUUUAGCCUGUUUCGAAGCGACUGGAAUCAGUCUGCGUCGAGUGUGUGGCUAACAUCGUUCUGUGCGAAGAUAUUCCAGGACGCCUCUUUCAACGAAUGGGAGAAUUUCAUAUACAUCGAUCCAGAUGUGAUCUCUAUGGCGGUGUCCUGGGUGUUGGACCAUCAGCUUCCUCACGGUGCCUUCUACGAAGUGACCUGGCUACCGGACCGGAACGAUAACUCCACCCUCACUGUACCACUUGACCAUCCCGUCGCCGCGCAGCUGCUAUCGGACAGAGACAACCCCGCUGUGCGAGUCAAUAACUCUGUGAUAUCACAACGUAACAUCACGCUGACGGCUCAAGUGGUUAUAACAUUGGAAACCGUCAAGAACCUCAAGGAUAUCGGUGUGCGAGAGGGGCUGAGCGCGCGCGUGGUGCAGGCGCAGCAGCUGGGCAUCUCGUGGCUGGAGAAGCACCUGCGGCUGCUGGACGACUUCGGGGAGCCCUACGCGCUCGCGCUCGUCGCGCACGCGCUCACGCUCUCCAAGGCGCCCAGCUCCGAGCACGCCUACCGGCUGCUCAAGCGGCGGCAGCGGGCGGAGGGUGGUCUGGUGUACUGGGGCCGCGAGCCGGUGCCGCAGCCGCCGUACAAGAUGGAGAACCAGAAGCCGUUCCUGCUGCCGCGGCUGCCCUACAAGUACGACUCCAACAACGUGGCCACCACCGCGUACGCGCUGCUCGCCUGCAUGGACCACCAGGACAACAACGAGCCCAUCGUCAUGUGGCUCAACGCGCAGCGGCUCAAGGACGGCGGGUGGGCCUCCACACAGACGUUUCGUGAUCCAGGACACGUACAUAGCGCUGCGCGCGUUGAUCGAGUACACGAACCGCAAGCGGCUGCGCGACGUGAGCGCGCUCACGCUCACCGUGGACGCGGUCGCGCUCAACGGGACCACGCGGCUGCUGCACGUCAGCAACGACAACCUCGCCACCAUGCAGACCGUACACAUCCCGUCCGCGUGGGGCACCGUGAAGGUGACGGCGCGCGGCGCGGGGUACGCGGUGCUGCAGAUGGCGGUGCAGUACAACGUGGACGUGGAGCGGUUCCUCACCGCGCCGCCGCUGCGCGCCUUCGCGCUGCACUCGCAGCCGCUGCGCUACUACGGCCGGAACCAGUCGCACAUCGAGUUCCAGUCGUGCGCCAGCUGGACCCUGGCGGAGGAGUCGCCGCGGUCGGGUCUGGCGGUGCUGGACGUGGCCAUCCCCACCGGGUACAUGAUCCAGCAGCAGCGGCUCGACGCGUACGUGCUGUCCCGCCGCGUGCGCAACCUGCUGCGCGCCAAGUACACGCCCACCAACCUGCUAUUCUACUUCCACUACUUGGAUCACGAGCAGACGUGUGUGAACUUCACGAUCGAGCGGUGGUUCCCCGUCGCGAACAUGUCGCGGUACCUCCCCGUGCGUGUAUACGAUUAUUACGCACCCGAACGCUUCAACGAGUCGAUAUUCGACGCGCUGCCGACCUACCUUCUGAAUAUUUGCGAAGUGUGCGGCUCAUCGCAGUGCCCGUACUGCGCCAUCUACAACGCAGCGCCGCGGCUGCCGCCCGCUGCUACGGUACUACUCGCCGCUAUACUGAUCACCCUGUAUCGGUUCCUUACACCGAAUCUCUCGUUUGGGAUGACGUAAUAUCCCUCUAUAUUUAUUUCAAAAAUUCUAAGAGGUACAUCUCAUUAGGAUGCCGUGGCAGCGACUCCGGCAGAAAACAUGAAAUUACGACGUACCUAACUUUAUCUCACUUUUUGAUGAGUCGAAAUCCGAAAGCUUGUGACGUGUCCAAGAAAAUGCACGUCAUCGAAUGUCAUACAUGCUCUCGUCUAUCAUCCGCUUAGGCGCCAAAAGCAACUGCUUGACCGCUCCUGACGUCCAAUAAGAUGUACCUCUUAUUAUAAUGGCAGCUAGGAUUGUACAUAGUUUUGUAACAACCUUACUUUUGGAACUCAUUUGUCAUUAACAAUAAUUUUAAAUGCUUGUAAGAUUUGUACAUACAUAAUCCUAUUAUAAUAUGGUCGAAUAUCACAACAGCAAUAAUCUGAAAAAAAAAAAUGGUUAUUUAAAACAAGAUUUAAAUAGUGUUUUUCAUUCACUGUCUUCUUAAUAUGACAUUUGGCAUUAGUUUGAGACGUAAUCAUCACAAGUUUUCUUUAAAUUUUUGCCCAUUUUAAAAUGUGUAAUAGUAAUUAUAAGUAGCAAUUUUUAUGUAGACUUUUAAAUCUAUCGAAUAGACUUUUGAAGAAUUUUUAAUUAAAGAAUGCUUCAACCUGAAAUGAGUUGGUCAGUUGUUAUAACUGAUUUAUAUUAGUUAAGAUGUGAUUGCCAAUUAACUAAAUAAGAAUAUGUACGUGUUUUUUUUAUUAACCACCGCCUUAGAGAUUAGAUAUAUAUAAUAAUAACAGUAGUUAUGUUGUAACGCCUGUUUCGACGGAUGAAUAGCAAAAUUUGGAUAUUUGUUACCAUUCACAGUUUUCAUUCCGUAGUCAUAGUGUCUCCAAUCUUAAAAUAAAACCUUAUACAUUCAUAACCUUUUUUUCCAUUCCAGUUUAGACUGGUAGUGAGUUUAGUAGGAAGUGUUCAUUGUAGUUUAAGAAAUCUGAUUAUUCUUUUGCUAUCUGUACUUUAGUCCCAGUUGUAACUCGUCUUUAUAAAUACAACAGUGUUGGUGUAAUAGAAUUAUUUGACUUUUAUACAAUAAUCUGCUAGCACAGCGACUAGAACGCAAUCUGCUUAAUCUGGCUAUCAAUAAUGGAACUAUCGUAUUUUGCUAUACAUCUAUCUCUGUAUACUCGGUGUUAGUGAUAAUACGAGUAAUGUUACUUAUGUGAAAGUACACAGGGCUAUAAGCCAUAUUUCUGCAAUGAAUUUUGACCUCUACCAUCAAUAAAUUAAGGUUUAAAAUUGAGUAUAAAUAUGAGAUAGCUUGUAUAGUCUGACGUGCAGUUGACUGUGCAAUAUAAUAUUAUUUUAAAACC